ACUCCUCCAGCAGUGCUGGUUCUUCUGUGGGAGAGCAUCGCAUCACCGGGGACUCUGCUUUCUGUCUCUUUCUUUAUAAACCACAUUUCUCCUUCUUCUCGUGUCGGUUCUUGGCAUUUCACGUAUUUUUUACUUUGAUUACUUGAAUUGCUCUGGUUGUCAUUUUAAAGAUCAGAUCGUCUUUUUGCCUAGAUUUUUUUUUCAUUCAUUUCCUGUUCAUUUACAAAUAACGUCAGUAAUCUUACGGAUCGGCUGUUUUUUGUGAAGGAAUCGACUGGAGAUCUCUUUGUUUUGUCCAAAACAGGAAGGAUUUUUCUUCUAGGUUUCUUUCCCCCAUACGAAGCUCUAAAAUGCCCAAUGAGAAGCAGGCUGGUUGUAGAACUGAGAUGAAAUGCCUGAACGCUCCUCAAGACGACGACAGCUGCAGCUCCAACAGCAACGACUUUGGAUACUCUGACUUUCCCAGGAAGGUUCCUGGGCAAUACCCAGAUGAAGAUCCAGAGAGUCAAAACUUCCUCUCUGAUCAUAAACCAAGCAAGAAGAAGUAUGAAACUGAAUAUCACCAGGGCACUGCCUCCUUCGGCAUGUCCGUCUUCAACCUGGGUAAUGCCAUCAUGGGCAGCGGCAUCCUGGGUCUGUCUUACGCUAUGGCCAACACUGGCAUCGCCCUGUUUGUGAUUCUCCUGUUUUCCGUUGCCAUUUUCUCCUUGUAUUCUGUCCACUUGUUGCUAAAGACAGCCAAUGAAGCAGGGGCUCUUGUUUACGAGUCACUGGGUUACAAGGCCUUUGGGAUGUCAGGCAAACUGGCUGCUUCCUGCUCUAUCACCAUGCAGAACAUUGGAGCUAUGUCGAGUUACCUCUUCAUCAUCAAAUAUGAACUCCCGAUUGUCAUUCAGUCCUUUACCGGAGCAAAUAAUGGCUCUAAAAUGCCCAAUGAGAAGCAGGCUGGUUGUAGAACUGAGAUGAAAUGCCUGAACGCUCCUCAAGACGACGACAGCUGCAGCUCCAACAGCAACGACUUUGGAUACUCUGACUUUCCCAGGAAGGUUCCUGGGCAAUACCCAGAUGAAGAUCCAGAGAGUCAAAACUUCCUCUCUGAUCAUAAACCAAGCAAGAAGAAGUAUGAAACUGAAUAUCACCAGGGCACUGCCUCCUUCGGCAUGUCCGUCUUCAACCUGGGUAAUGCCAUCAUGGGCAGCGGCAUCCUGGGUCUGUCCUAUGCUAUGGCCAACACUGGCAUCGCCCUGUUUGUGAUUCUCCUGUUUUCCGUUGCCAUUUUCUCCUUGUAUUCUGUCCACUUGUUGCUAAAGACAGCCAAUGAAGCAGGGGCUCUUGUUUACGAGUCACUGGGUUACAAGGCCUUUGGGAUGUCAGGCAAACUGGCUGCUUCCUGCUCUAUCACCAUGCUGAACUUUGGACUCAUGUCAAGCUACCUCUACAUUAUUAAAUAUGAACUCCCCAUUGUUAUUCAGUCCUUUACUGGAGCAAAUAAUGGUGAAUGGUACAUCAAUGGAGAUUACCUGGUGAUUUUGGUCACAAUAAUUGUUAUCCUGCCUCUCUCACUGCUCAGGAACUUGGGUUACCUUGGUUACACCAGUGGUUUCUCUCUGCUCUGCAUGGUGAUCUUUCUGAUUGUGGUGAUCAUAAAGAAGUUCCAGAUAUCUUGUCCUCUGCCUGAUCCUGACGAUGGAAAUGAAACCAUGCAUUUGUUGAACAGCAAACACCACAGCGACAACACCACUACAGAUGAUGACACUUGCAAGCAAUACUUUGUCUACAACUCACAGACUGUCUAUGCUAUACCCAUCCUCACUUUUGCCUUCGUGUGCCACCCUACUAUCCUCCCUAUGUAUAAAGAGCUCAAAGACCGAUCACGCCGAAAGAUGCAGAACGUGGCCAACGUGUCCUUCCUGGCCAUGUUCAUCAUGUACCUGCUGGCCGCCCUCUUCGGAUACCUCACCUUCAACAUCCACGUGGAACCUGAGCUGCUCCACACCUACUCAAAGUUCUACAAGUACGAUAUUCCCUGCUGGUUGUCUCUGGCUGUGCUGGCCGCUGUCACACUCACAGUUCCUGUGGUGCUCUUCCCUAUUCGUACCUCAGUCGGCCACCUGCUGUUCCCAGGAAAGGACUUCAGCUGGAUCCGUCACAUUAUCAUCACCCUGAGCCUGCUAGCAGGAACCAACAUCCUGGUCAUCUUUGUCCCCAGCAUCAGAGAUAUUUUUGGCUUCAUUGGUGCCUCUGCUGCUGCAAUGCUGAUCUUUAUCCUGCCCUCAGCUUUCUAUCUCAGACUGGUUAAGAAGGAAUCAAUGAAAUCCAUGCAGAAAAUUGGGGCUGCGAUGUUCCUGACAUUAGGAAUUGUUGUCAUGUUUGGCUGCAUGACUCUUAUCAUCUACGACUGGAUCAUGAACUCUGUGAAAGACCAAGGUCACUGAAGCUCCAGCUCUUCUGCUGGCGCAGGGGGAAGCUUUCAGAGUCAGACUGCAACAAACAGACAGCCAACAAAAACAGUGUGACGAACAAAGCAAACCACAAAGACUCACUUUCUCGGCUCUGGCUUUCUGAGCAAUGGACCGUACCAUUCCAAGAGAACGUAUCUGAACUCUGUACAUUUUGCUGCUCUCGACCACAGAGAUGGCGUUUCCCUCUUUUUAUCGUAACUUUUUAAAUAGUUUUUUGCUUUUUACUUUCUUUCUGUUUCAUUAUUGUGGUACAGCUGUAAACAAAAAGGCCUCACAACACAGACUCAAAAUUUGCAGAGUUUCAAACACAGCUUCCUCUCAGGUACAUUGUUAUUCGUGGGAGAGUGUAGCUGUGAACUCUGACCUCAGCGAGAACAUCCUGCUUAACGAAGUACGUGAAUCUCCCAAAGACUCGAACGAGGCCCUGGACUUGAAACUUCACGGACAAUUUAGUUUCCUUCGACAUUUGCUUUCAGUUUUUGUUCAACUUUACCAAAAACGUGUCUGUGAAGCAACUUUGUAUGUUGAAAAGCACUUAUUGUUUAGGCAAUAGACCAUUCAACCGCCUCGCCUGGCGGCGUCACACUAAAUUGCAGCUUCGUCUCUGUAGAAACAAUUCAGUAGCUUGCCCUCAUCAGCUUGCACUCUGAGAGGUCAAUUUGAGAUAUAAAGGUCGUUAUAAAUAAAAUUAAUUAUUAUUAUUAAGACAGUAGGAUUGCUACACAGUAUGAAGGCUCUGAAGGUGAGUAGCCAACAUUUACUCUGUUACUUUAGUAACUUUUUGAUAAUAUUUGUUUUUUCUUCAUGUCAUUUGAGCGUCAUCCAUACUGACUGUUGGAUUCACUCCUCCCAUUCCGCUAGGGGGCGCUGGAGUUCCUUUACUUUGGUAGGGGAGGGGAAGUGAAAGAGGAGAAGAAACUUAUGGCAGGCCAACAAUGAAGUUAGACUGCUGUUAGCUGAAGCUAACAAGACGUAUCAACCACAAAAUCAUAUUCUACUGGCCUUCACGAGUGUUUCCCAAAGUGGUGAAUUAUAUUAAUGCUGUAAGCCAGGUGUGUCAAACUCAUUUUCGUUUUGGGCCAAAUCAAGAUCAUGAAGGCUCUUAAAGGGCCGGUUGUGCCAGAACAUGUUGAUAAAACCUGUUCACAAACUGUUAAUAUGUCAAUAAAUUCUUAAAAUUACAUAAUAUUUUUGAAGAUCUUUUCAGUCCCUUCAGGAACUAAUAAUAAAUGAGACUUUUUAUUUACUAGCUGUAUAAAUCAUGGACUAUAAUCAUACAUCAACUAAAUUCUCAAGAAACUGGAGGGAUUGAUUGAUAUAAAUUGGCAGUAAACAGAUAAAAACGGCAUUGAUAUGAUUGAUAAUAUAAUAUUUAAUCACAUGUUUAGUCUAGACUGUAUAGGGCCACAUAAAAAGCUUCGGCGGGCCAGAUUUAGCCCCCGGGCCUUGAGUUUGACACAUGUGCUGUAAACUGUGGGGAGAUUAGAUUUUUCUUAUCUGUUUUAAUCGUGUGCUUGGUAUUUGUUCGACCUAAUUAGCCAAAUGCUAACUGUGUUUUGCUGCACUGUGAUGUUUGAAUGCUGAUGUUUAUUAUGUUACGAAGUGUUCUAAGAGUAACCUUUGUCUUAUAACCGGUUUAGUUAAGUCGAGCCUAACUCCUAAAUCUAUGUUUAAGUCUGUUUAUUGAAGAUUGCAAUACUAAGUAUUAAUGUUUUGUUUGUUUUUUUAUUUUAUUUGCAUGGCCGUGUAAAAGCACUCGGCAAUAAAACGGACAACAACGAC